AGUUAAAAUUAAACAAAUUAUUUUUUAAAAAUGGAUAGCAGUUUAGAAGGCCUUGAUAGUAGUUUGGAUGACAACUCUUCUGAUCAUAAUUUGUGUGAUGGAGUGUCAAGAGAGGGCUCUGAAUGCAAUAGUGAAAUAAAUGGUAGUGAUGUUGAGGCAGGCCCCUAUGACUGGCUGCGGCAGCACGCUGAAGCCAAUGCCCAGUCAACCACUGCAAAGAGAAGAAGAGAGUCUGAUGAUAGUGAUAUUGGACAAUCACAUGUUCAAGACUCGAGUCAAGCUGCCCUGCUAGCCUCAGCUGCCGCUGAUGCUGAUAAAGCUGGACCUCCAGCCACCCCCACAACCCCUGCCAUGAUGUCUAAAAAAAGCAGGCGGGAGCUUGAAGAGGAAGAAAGAGAAAAGAUGCAGGUGCUGGUCAUUACCUGCCUAACCUUCACCACGUUGCUGGCGUGA